GUGAUUCCUUUUGGUCCAGUAGUUGCAUGUUACUAUGCGCUCGCUGAAAUCUGUCACACAGCUCUUCCGUCAGUACCUUGCCAACAGGAGCAGCGCUUAACGCGAGCGCCAAUUUGUCGCAUUGGAUUGGUUCAGGCGACGCUGAUUCAGGAUUCAACUGCGAGCUAACCGCCGUGCUGCUAUCCUGCGAUACAAAGCCAGGGGGGGUGCUCUUAUACUUAUUAUAUAAGUUAUUUUUGAUUUGAUAUUUCAGCCUGUUUUUUUGCGAGUGUGUCUCCCAACGCCAUCAGCUGUUUUUGCUCUGCGCACAUCAAGAUCAGGAUGUGGUUAAACAUUAGAUUUGGCACGCGGAGCCUUCAUUGGCACAGCCCUGCAUGUCAACGUUUUGCCCUCUGGAAGCGACGAUGAGAUUUCACUUUCACUUUUGAGGAUGGGAAUACUUCACGCGCAGCUGGAACAUGACUGCGAACAUCUGUAUCCUUUACGAUGCUUCAGCGUUUUCGCUGGUAGUUUACUGCCGCUGCUGCUGUCCUAUUACGUGGCAGCAUCUCUGAGUGUGGGACAUCAUGGAGCAGCUCGAAGAGGAGCUCACGUGUCCGAUCUGCUGCGGUCUUUUCGAGGACCCGCGGGUCUUGUUGUGCUCGCACAGCUUUUGCAAGAAAUGCUUGGAGGGACUGCUGGAGGGGAGCCGGGGUCCCGCGUUCAGGACGCCGUUCAAGUGCCCCACAUGCCGCAAAGAGACCCCGCACAACGGCGCAAACAGCCUGCAGAUCAACUACUCGCUGCGCGGAAUCGUGGAGAAGUACAGCAAGAUCAGGGUCAUGCCCAAGAUGUCCGAUUGCGCGCACCACUGCGGCCAGCCACUGAACAUAUUUUGCGCCACGGACCUGAAACUCAUUUGCGGGAUUUGCGCCACGACAGAUGACCACAGAGGGCACAAGUUCUGCUCAUUGGAGGAGGCGUACGAGCGGGAGAGGAAGGCGUUCGAGGAGCUGCUCCGCGGGGUGGAGAGCUGGCAGAGCGCCGACAUCCUGUCCUGCCUGGAGACACUGCAGACCAGUAAGAAGAAGGCUCUCCAGUCGGUGACCAAGGACGCGGAGAAAGUGACGGACUACUUCGACAAGCUCAUCAGCUCCCUCGAGUGCAAAAAGAACGAGAUCCUGUCCGACUUCGAGACGCUGAAGCUGGUGGUGAUGCAGGCGUACGACCCGGAGAUCACCCGGCUGGGCGCGGCGCUGGAGGAGCAGCGGCAGGCGCUCGUCCUCGCCGAGUCGUUCCGGGGCGCCUCCGACCCGCUGGGCUUCCUGCAGCAGAUGCAGGAGUUCCGCGAGAAGUUCCGCGUCCUCAAGGAGACGUCGCUGCCCGCCGGGAGAGGAGAGAUGGACGUCGGUCCCCUCGUGCGCAAUUUCGACGUGAAAAAGUGGGACUCGCUGAGGCUCAGGGAGGUGGACAGGAUCUCGGUCCCCCACGAGAGCGGCUCGUACCGAGUGGGGGGCUCGCGGUGGACGGCAGCAGCGCCGAGGUGCAUCGCCUUACUCAUGAGCUUUCUCCUGCCGGCGCUGCUGCUGCUGCCGCUGCUGCCGCUGCUGCUGCCGCACAACCCCGCAGCCUCCGUCACCUCGCAGAUGCAGCCGGUCCUCAGCGCGGUGUCCGCGCACCUCGGCCACACCACCGUGUACCUGCAGGGGGUGACUGACGCGUGCAGCAGUCUGGUGGGCGCGGGCCAGGAAUGCAUCGUGCACAUAAUUGACUCCGCUGUAUCUUUCAUCGGCAGUUGUGACCUGUUUUAGUUACAACACACAACCCCGUGGCAUUUUGCACAGCUACAGCAAAUUGUUCUAUCUCAAGUGGCCAAAAAAAAGAAAAAAACUGCUGACAGAUGUGCACCUGCGUUUAUGGAAACGCUUGUUUUACUUUACUGUUCUCUGUGUCUUUUGUAUUAUUUCCCCCCACAAGUCCAAACCUCUCUGAAGCCACAGGAUCGAACAGUUUAUUCCAUAUGAGAGGCUGCAGCCUUCAUUUACAUUAGAUGCAAAUCCACGAAUUUAAUUCUUCUCUGUCCAUGAAUGUACAAUCUAUUCUAUAUUCUCAUUUUUUUUAAAACGCUGACAAGUUUAUACCUCUCCCAAGAUGAUCUUGAUAAAUAAAAACUAUAAGAGAUUUAAGACA